GUAUUUUUCCAGUUCCAGAGUAGCUGGACGAGAAUGAAUGGCACACCCGGAUGGCGGAAGUUGCGCUGUACUAUGGACACAUUUGUAAAUGCUCUUACAGCGUAAAGUUACUCGUACAGUAAAAGACCUCGCCUGGUUACCAACGGUUACAUCGCAGGGUUAAACAGAAGAGGAAGAGCGGUGCGGAUGAGCAGCCGUCAGGCUUCGGUGUUUGAGAUUACUGCGCUGCCAAAGAUACAGUCAUGACUCCCUCAGUGCGCUUACAGGAAAUGAUCCGGGUCAUCCGAAGUGCCCGGACACAAGGUGAGGAGAGGGGCAUCAUCCAAAGAGAGUGUGCGGAUAUCCGAUCACAGUUUCGCCAGGGUGACAACGGGGAGCGUUCACACAGCCUGGCAAAGCUACUCUACGUGCACAUGCUGGGCUACCCUGCACACUUCGGCCAGAUGGAGUGUGUACGUCUGAUUGCCAGCCCCAGGUACAGCGAGAAGCGGAUUGGUUACCUGGGAGCCAUGAUGCUCCUAGAUGAGAAGCAGGAUGCUAGUUUACUGAUUACCAACUCAAUCAAGAAUGACCUUUCCCACAGCAGUCAGUAUGUUCAGUCUCUGGCUCUGUGCACUCUGGCCUGCAUGGGUUCCGCUGAGAUGUGUCGAGACCUGGCACCAGAGAUCGAACGGCUCCUCAGGGCCUCUCAUUCUUAUAUCAAGAAAAAGGCCACGCUGUGUGCCGUUCACAUAAUAAGAAAGGUCCCAGAGCUUGCAGAGCUGUUUACUCCUUCAGCAAGGACUCUGCUCUCUGAGAAGAACCAUGGGGUUUUGCAUGGGGCUGUAGUUCUUAUCACUGAAUUGUGUGAGCGUAAUCCUGACACCCUUGUUCAGUUCCGCAAGGCUGUUCCUGAACUGGUUCAGAUUAUGAAAGGUCUUGUGACAUCCAGUUAUUCUCCUGAGCACAAUGUAGCUGGAAUCAGCGACCCUUUUCUACAGGUUCGCAUUCUUAGAUUGCUAAGAAUCCUGGGUCACAAUAAUGACACCGCUAGUGAUGCCAUGAAUGACUUGUUAGCACAGGUGGCUACAAAUACAGACAGCAGUAAGACUGCAGGCAGUGCUGUGCUAUAUGAAACAGUCCUAACUAUCAUGGACAUCAACUCAGAGAGCGGGCUUAGGGUGCUAGCUGUAAAUAUUCUGGGCAGAUUUCUACUUAAUAAUGACAGGAAUAUUCGCUACAUUUCAAUGACAUCUCUCCAGAAGAUUGUACAGACAGACCACAAUGCAGUGCAGCGGCACAGAGGCACCAUUGUGGACUGUCUGAAAGAUCAAGACACCUCAGUGAAACGUCGUGCACUGGAACUGUCACUUGCCCUUGUGUCUGCCGUGAACAUUCGCUCAAUGAUGAAAGAGCUCCUCAUUUUUCUUUCAGUCUGUCCCCCAGAGCUUCGAUCUCAAACCGCUUCUGGGAUCUUCAACGCUGCUGAAAGGUAUUCCCCUUCUAAGCGCUGGCACAUUGAUACCAUCCUGCAUGUACUCACCACGGCAGGGGGCGAUGUAAGAGAUGAGACUGUGCCCAACCUAAUCCAACUCAUCACUACUGCAUCUGAGCUCCACUGUUACACUGUUCACAAACUCUAUAGAGCACUUAUAAAAGAUAUUGCACAGCAAUCCUUGGUCCAAGUUGCGUGCUGGUGUAUAGGAGAAUAUGGAGACCUGCUGCUGAAGGGCGAGUGUGAGGAGAUUGAGCCUGUGCAGGUUACUGAGGAUGACAUCCUGGAUGCCUUGGAAACAGUUCUACAGUCUCACAUGUCAUCGCCGGCAACCAGAGGCUUCGCGCUCACUGCUACCAUGAAGCUGAGCACUCGUAUCACAGACAAUGUCGACCGAAUCAGAAGUAUUGUCAGUAUUUACGGCAGCUGCAUUGACCUGGAACUUCAGCAGAGAGCGGUUGAAUAUAAUGCACUCUUCAAGAAAUAUGACCACAUGAGAGCUGCGGUAUUAGAGAGAAUGCCUGUGAUGGACAAGAACUCACCUGGCCACACUAAUGGAGACACAUCAGGAGAGAUUAAAGAGCCCGACACAUCCAAACCCAAACCAGUUGAAGCAGGUUUGCUCUCAGAACCAGCAAGCCAGGUGUGUGACCUUCUGGAUCUCUUGGGUGGGACAGACACACCUCUUCAGCUCAGCCCUGCCCCAACCAGCACUCCAACAACUACCUCUAGUGCAGAUCUUCUCGACCUGCUGGGAGGACUGGAGAUAACACCAGUUCCCACUGUGUCAGUCUAUGAGAAGAACGGAUUGAGCCUGAAGAUCCAAUGUGACAAACAAACAGAAACCGAGGUCACGGUCACCCUUAUUGCCUCUAACUCUACUCAGAAUGACAUCACCAACUUCACUCUUCAAGCAGCAGUACCAAAGAGUGUUCAGCUGCAAAUGAAGGCUCCGAGUGGUAAUGUGAUUCCAGCACAUGGCCUUGGUCAAGUCACACAGACUGUUUUACUUAACAACCCUAACAAGGUCAGCCUUAAGAUGCGGCUCCGUGUGGCUUACUCAAAUCAGGGUGCAAUGCAUCAGGACACAGUACAAAUUGACUCCUUUCCUAGCGCAGCCUGUCAGCCAUCAUUCAGCCCUUUGUGACAGACCUACAAGUCUCCAGAAUCUCCACGACUGUCUUUCCCAUAAAGAUGGAGAUCGUUGGAAAUAGGCAGCGGCCUGUCAACCUCUCUGUUAUGGACUAAACGCUGUCCCCAAAGAUUUGAUACAACAGAUUUUUAUGAAGUGUUAUCUUGGUUUGAAUUGUCUGGAACAAAGUGUAGUUUCAUGUGCUGUCAUUACUACACAAGAUUAAACCGUCAAACUAAUGUACACUAUCAUUGGAUAAGAUCCUUUGUGCACUGAGUGAGUUGAACUUGAAUUAGUGAUAUCCUCCAUAGGUGAUUAUUCAGAUACUUUCUGGGAAUGAACAACAUGAGCUGUGAGGUCAGUUGAGCUCCAAUUGCCUUACUGUUAUCAAAGCCUUUCCCGUCAUUGUUUUUGUUGGUUUAUCUUUUCCUCUCAGUCUCAGGAUAUUCCUAGAGCACUAUUGUAUCAUUAUAUUGACAGUGAAUGUGACUUUACCAUCUCACAUAUUUACAAUGUCCGAUUCAUAAUUCUCAACCUCACUGUGUGUGUGAAACCACAGUUAUCCAUUGUUUAUCUUUCUUUCAUCCAAACAAAAUACAAUAAAUCAUAUAUAUGGUAUAAUGCACUGCGUUCAAGAAAUGAGUUUUAGAAAGAUGAUGGUUCAGGCAGCAUCUCUUUUAGGAUAAAACAUCAAUUAUUGUAUGUUCAAGAGCCAGGGUUAUUAUGGUUAUUAUACUAAAAACACUUUUGUUCCUUGGAAUUAAUAACUUUAACUGAAAUAAAAUAUUUU